AUGCAGGGCCCUGGAGGACAGGGUGUCAGGGUGUCUGCAGAACACCUGGCCCCAUCUCUCACUGGGCAGAGCCAGCUCCACCCUCACAUCCAGCCCAGUGUCCCCACCAUGUGCUCAGAGUCCACUGACUGCUGGCCAGAGAACCCUGGGCUCAGAAGACCAGGAGGAAGCACCGGCAGCUCUGACCUGGGCAGCUUCCUGAGGAGAUGCAGCCAUUUCUGCUCCUGCUGGCCUUUCUUCUGGCUCCCAAGGGGCAAGCAGAUCAGUAUUCCUGGCAGAAAAAGAUGUGGGGGUUUCCUUGUGCGUGAGGACUUUGUGCUGACAGCAGCUCACUGCUGGGGAAGAUCCAUCACAGUCAUCCUGGGCGCCCACAACAUCAUCAAGAACGAGAGGACCCAACAGGUCAUCCCGGUGAAAAGAGCCAUCCGCCACCCAAACUAUCAUCCCAAAGUCAAUGACAUUAUGUUGCAGCAGAUGCAGAGGAAGGCCACCCUGACUGCCUCCGUGAGCCUCCUCAGGCUGCCCAGGAGGGGAGAGCAGGUGAAGCCAGGGAUGGUGUGCAGAGUGGCCGGCUGGGGGCGACUCGACCUGAGCACCAGCACAGACACUCUGCAUGAGGUAGAGCUGGAAAUCCAACAGGAUGAGCAGUGCAUCUCUUGCUACAGACGCGGUUACAACAGAGCCACAGAGAUCUGUGUGGGGGACCCAGAAAGGAAUCAGUCUACUUUUAAGGGCGACUCUGGGGGUCCCCUCAUGUGUGACAACAUGGCUCAGGGCAUUGUCUCCUUUGGGAAAAAAUAUGGGAAAACUCCUCGUAUUGAAAUGAAGGUUUCCAGCUUUCUGCCUUCGAUAGAAAGAACAAUGAGACAUUUCCAACUGCAAGGACCAGACUGAGGCACCAGGAAUUGAUCUAUUCAGCUCCUCUUGGGUGCAGCCCAAAACUGCUCUGUGCAGAGA